AUGGAAAACUAUACAUACAACAGCCUGACUCUUCAGCUCGAGGGAUUAAGGAUCACCAAGACUAACAAGUACCCCGUCUACAUAUUCCUGCUCUUCGCCUAUGUAUUCAUCUUAAUUACCAAUGUGGGCAUUGUGCUUCUGAUUUGGACAGAGAGAAGCCUCCACCAGCCGAUGUAUCUGCUCUUCUGUAACCUGCUGAUUAAUGGGAUCAUGGGGAACUCUUUCCUUGUUCCCCGGUUGCUUGCAGACAUCCAUGUGCCUCCUUCCGAGCGCUUCAUUCACUACUAUGAGUGUGUGAUGCAAGCGUUCAUCAUACACAUGUUCGGGACCACUUCACACACUGUGCUCAUGAUUAUGGCUUUUGACAGAUAUGUUGCCAUCUGCAAUCCACUGAGGUAUACUACCAUAAUGACUGAUAAAAUGGUGAUCAAGCUGACAGUUUCUGCCUGGGGAGUGGCCUUUGUGUUGGUUGGGAUUCUGCUGGGUCUGACCAUACGGCUGAACCGAUGCAGGACUCGGAUCAUGAAUCCUUACUGUGACAAUCCCUCUCUGUUUAAACUCUCCUGUGAGAGUGUGUUCAUCAAUAACAUCUAUGGUCUUACUUUCACUGUAGUCCUGCUCUCAUCAUCUAUUGGCAGUAUAGUUGUUACUUACUUUAAAAUUGCAGCAGCCUGUCUAACUAGUAAGAGCAAGUCUUUGAACAGCAAAGCCCUGAAGACCUGCAGCACUCAUCUGUGUUUGUAUCUGCUCAUGCUUCUCAGUGGGAUGAUCCCCAUCAUCCUUCAUCGCUUCCCUCAGUUAGAAGAGUACGGGAAGAUUUCAGCCAUUCUCUUUCACGUUGUUCCUGGCAGUCUCAACCCCAUCAUCUAUGGGCUACAGUCCCAAGAAAUACAUAAAUGUUUGUCAAAUAUUUUACAUCUUAGAAAAAUAAAGCCAUUAUUUUAG